AUGCAGACUCUGAACAUCUUGCAGAGCCUGCUGGCCGCCUGGCUGGGCAGCGAGGACGCGGCCUUCGUGCAGUACCACCUGCGGCGCAGCACCGGCACCCUGCUGGCUCACUCCCUGCUGCCCCUGGGUUAUUACCUCGGUAUGUGCUUUGCUGCACCUGAGAAACAUCUUUGUUUUUUCUACCUGGCCUCAAAAGGAUGGAAAACUUUCUUCUUCUUUGCUGUUCUCCUCCCAGCAGUUGCCGGUGCCCUGGCAUAUUACUGGUCACGGAAAGGUUGGGAUAAUCAUCCUCUAGCCCGAACGCUGGCUGUUCAUGCUCUCCCACAGUCGGGUUGGAGGGCAGUAGCUUCUUCCAUCAAUACAGAAUUUAGGAGAAUUGACAAAUUCGCUACCGGAGCCCCAGGAGCCAGGGUGAUUGUUACAGACACGUGGGUGAUUAAAGUGACCGCCUACUGUUUACACGUUGCCCAGCAGCAGGACAUUCAUUUGACAGUGACAGACUCCAGACAACACGAACUCACCCCAGACUCAAAUAUGCCUGUCCAGUUCCUCACCAUCCGCGUUGCCAGUGUGAAUCCCUACGUGAAGGCAUUUGAUAUCCGAUUGAACUCUACAGAGUAUGGGGAACUCCGAGAAAAGCUCCGUGCUCCCAUCAGCAAUGCAGCUAAUGUUGUGAUUCAUCAAAGCCUUAGUGAUCUAUUUCUAGAAACCUUUACAUCUCUGGUGGAAAUUAACCAGCCAUAUUCUGCUCCACGCACUCAGGAGCUGGAGCCAUGCAUAGGGUGUAUGCAGACCAUUGCUAACAUCAAGCUGGUCAAGAACUGCCAGGAACCAAACGAAGGGGAAUGCCAGCAGUGCUACUGUCGUCCCAUGUGGUGCCUCACCUGCAUGGGCAAAUGGUUUGCCAGCAGACAGGACCAGCAGCACCCAGAGACCUGGCUGUCGAGCCAAGUGCCUUGUCCAACUUGCCGAGCCAAAUUUUGCAUUUUAGAUGUUUGCAUAAUACGGUGAAUAACACUUGGGUGUGUUUUAACUUUUCAAAUUUGAAUGCGUUUCAUCGUGGGUUUGGUUAAAAGGCUGUUUGAUUUGUUUCUCAAACUUCAGAUUCUACCAGGGUGCAAACUCCAAAACUUUCUUUUACAGUGUUGAAAACAGAUGUAAAUCUUUUCAGUUCCUUUCUACUUUUACCUGUAUCUUUGGGCUUUAUUAAUCAAAUGUCAGAUUCUGGAAUUUAUUUAUUUUUUUUACUGUAUGUUUUGGUUUCUUAUGUCUAGGAUGGGAUAAGGGUAUCCUCUAUAUUUGUAGCACUACUCUCUUUUCAAGUUUUAAUGUAGGUUAAAUUCUUAAAAUUUUUAAAUUCAAUGUGAGUUUUGAUUCUUUAGUAAAGGGCUAACUGA